CCGACCGCCAGUAAACUGAAGAACCAGAGGAAGAAGAAGAAGAAGAAGAAGAAACGCAGGAGGACUUCCGGUCAUAGAGCGGAGCGGCGUCGGUGAUCUUUUUUCUCCGUUGCAGAAGAAGAAGGCGUAAACAUGUCUGAUGAGGAGGACGUGGUGCCAGCCAUGAAGAAGAGUCGGGUUUUCUACGGCAGCCUAGAGGAGAAGGAGCGGGAGCGUCUAAGCUCGGAGAUGGGGAGCAGUGCGUCAACAGGAAGUGAUGCGGUGAAGGCGGGCAUCAAAGCGGGAAACAUCAACAUCUCCUCAGGCGAGACCCUGGAGAUGGAGGAGCGGGUCAGUGAACGACAGCAGGAGGCGCUCGCUGAGUUUGAGCGGCGCCGCCGAGCCAGACAGAUCACCGUGUCCACCGAUGACGCCGAAGUGAAGGCCGGCCUCCGCGCGCUGGGGGAGCCAAUCACGUUGUUUGGAGAGGGACCAGCUGACCGUCGGGAGAGGCUGCGCAGUGUUCUGUCCGUGGUUGGUCCGGAUGCCCUGAAGAAGUCCAGGAAGGAUGAGGAGCGAGCCAGGAGAUCCCAGGACGAGUGCCAACAGACGUGGUACCAUGAAGGCUCCGCCUCCCUGAGGGAAGCUCGGCUGUGGUUGGCCAGAUACUCUCUGCCACGGGCGAUGAGGCGUUUGGAGGAGGCCCGCGCUCAGAAGGAUGUUACCGAGGCAACCAGGACGAUUCGCCAACAGGAGCUUCACAAGAGCCUGAGGAACCUGAAUAACUUCUGCAGUCAGAUCGGAGACGAUCGACCAAUCAGCUUCUGCCACUUCAGCCCAGACUCCAGAAUGCUGGCCACCGCAUCCUGGAGUGGUCUGUGUAAGCUGUGGUCCAUUCCUGACUGCAACCUGAUUCGUACACUUAGAGGUCACAACACCAAUGUGGGAGCCAUUGUCUUCCGUCCACAGGCUGGAGUUUCUCUUGACCAAUCAGAUGUCAGCUUGGCCUCAUGUGCAGCUGACGGGACGGUGAAGCUGUGGAGCUUAGAGAGUGACGAGCCUGUUGCAGACAUUGAGGGUCACAGUAACCGAGUGUCGCGAGUGUCUUGGCAUCCUUCUGGAAGAUUCCUAGGAACGACCUGUUAUGACAACUCGUGGCGUCUGUGGGAUCUGGAGGUCCAGGAGGAAAUCCUCCAUCAGGAGGGUCACAGCAAAGGAGUCCAUGACCUGAGUUUCCAUCCUGACGGCUCGCUAGCUGCAACUGGAGGUCUUGAUGCGUUUGGCAGAGUUUGGGAUCUGAGGACAGGACGUUGUGUCGUCUUCCUGGAGGGUCACCUGAAGGAGAUCUACAGCCUGCACUUCUCCCCCAAUGGACAUCACCUGGCCACAGGAAGUGGUGAUAAUACCUGUAAGGUCUGGGAGCUGCGCAACAGGAAGUGCCUGUACACAGUCCCCGCCCACCAGAACCUGGUUUCUGCCGUCCGCUUCCAACCAACAGACGGUCACUUCCUGUUGACCGGCGCGUACGACAACACGGUGAAAGUUUGGAGUCACCCGGGAUGGAUGCCACUGAAAACACUGGCUGGACACGAGGGGAAGGUGAUGGGCGUUGAUGUGUCGCCUGAUGGGAGGCUGAUCGCCACGAGCUCCUACGACCGAACAUUCAAAUUAUGGUUAUCUGAGUGAUGUUGCCACUGAUGUAAUCUGUGACUUUGUAAUUCAUCUGUGAAUUAUGUUUUUUUUAAUAAAAUAACAGUUUAAAUUCUGAA